AUGGCAUCUGUGGCCGCCAAAGAAUUGGCCAACUUAGGUGUCCGUGCCCGUGUUUCGCCAUACCUGGCCUCAGAAGACCUGGCUGGCCAGCCCAUAAAAAAGGUAAUCCGAACACCUAAAACCCAGACAAGACGACCACGAACUCGGUCACUGGCUCUUGGUUCCAGUCGCUCUGCUACUGGUAGUCCUGCUACAUUAUCUAGUCGGGACAGAAGAGCGAAAACCCGCCAAUCUCGUGAGAAAUCGCCCGUGAUAGACUUGACCACCGAUGUGGACUUUGAGGUGCUUGAAGCUAACGGCGAGUCGCCUUUGAAGAACGCAACGAAACCCCGGAAAGACUUGCCCACACGCAUAUCUCAUGGUUUUAGUGGCGAUCAUAAGUCUGCUGGACUCAAUGACAUCCCAAACCCGAACCUACACCACCAUGCAAGUCCAGCUAACGAAUUGAAUCUGUCGCCGAUCAAGAAAGACAGCCCCACACAACCAUACAAAGUGCCGCAGGAGUCCCUGCCACGGAAGCUUCCUGUUGUGCAGCUUUUCCUGUCGUCUCCUUCCAAACGCCGGAAAAUGGUGGCAUUCUCCGAUAACAUCGUGUCCGAUGCACCCAGCUCGCCUCUUUUGGGCGGUAAUGAACCUCAUAUGACGCCCCGGCGGUCAAUCUUGAAACCUGCGUCGGAAAAUGUUGACUCGUCACCAGUAGACCCCAAUAACUCCACAAUGUGGGUGAAAACCUCGCAUUCCAUUCUGCAUCAGUUCUCCACCACGUCACAUGCGCCCAAUAACCCAGAAUUCUGGCAGCCCGGCACUAUUAUUCAACUCGAAUGCAAGUCUUCUGAUUUGCUUCAAUUGGUCGACGGAUGUGUGGAAGUUCUACGAGUGGAAGGCUUCUGUCGAAAAUUUGAGGUAUAUGCGACCUUGAACCAGAUCUUCAAGCUUAACGAUGCAGUUGUCCUCUCCGAUUUGUUUUCCGGUGAUGCAACCACUUCGAACUGGGUGGCCAUGAUCGAGAAAACAACAGGUUUCAAACGCAAAAGACUGACACUGUAUAUCCACGAUAUUUGUGAGUGCGUCACAAGAGAUAUCCAAGCGAUUGAGGAGAAAAUUUUUACUACUGAUGGCAAUCCAAGAUUGUCACUGCCUCGAAAUGAUCCGUUCAAGGCUAGAACGUUGAGCCAGGCUCUCAAAUUGGUCUCUAGCCUAUUAAUGAUCCCUUCCCUCAAUUCAUGCAUUCCCGUGGCCACCGUCAAGUGGUUUUACUCUCACACAUGCGAGAUGAUAACCAAACCCUCCAUCUCCAAGUCAUUGGUUUUGCCCUAUCUAAGCAUUAUUAAGGAUUGCCAUUUCUCAGGAAAAAAGCGUCGCUUCAUUUUUGAGAAUAAUCCCAAUCCCCUUCUGGAGCGUAUGUUGUUUGCCCUUCUUAAUAUCCGCAAUUUUGUCAGCUCGUCAUUGGUGAAUGAAAAAUUUAUUGCAUUGAAAAACCUCAUCCAGAAGUUUCCAGCCAUUAUGGCAAAAAACUUCCACCUUUGGUUUGGUGGACUUGUGCUUAACCUCUGUGACAUCACUUUCCCAUUAUAUACGAAAAUCGUGUCUAUGGGGAUUACGGCCCUUCUUGAAGCUGCACGAAACUUCCUAGAUAAUCCAGACGUGUGCCUUGCGGCAAGAAAGAUGUUGGAGAUGCCACUUCCAACCGAGCAAAAGUCAUUUGCAAGUGAGAAUCUCAUUUCCAUUUCCACCAUGCCGCUGACCGUCACCAUUGACUACGUUAGCGAUAACCUCAAGGAAUUGAUCGACAAUGGGCAUUAUAAAUAUGCCAUGGAUAUUUGGGUUGGCCUCACUCUUCUAAUCGGAAACUUCGACAACGGAAUUGAGAAUUGGAAGCAUCUUCACCCUUGGCUUCAAGUUCACAAGUAUUGCUUCAAUUCUCAGUCUAUAUUCGCCAAAAUAACUGCGUUGGCUUCCUGGAAGGCUAUUAUCUACAAGGUAUGCGUCAUGGAGUUCAAGGAUAAUCGCCAUGUGCUUGGCUAUCCCGAAGGUUCCAAAGGCUCUGGAGAACUCAAUAAUAUCCACACCACUCCUAACGCAAAACAGCAACUCAAACUUGAGGAAGUGCUUCGGCCAAAAAUCAAGCUUCUAAUCCACAUUUUCAUCAAUAUUUCAUCUGUUGAGUUUCAGAGAGAGAUUAUCGAUACUCUUGAUCAUUCUUUCUUGUCAAUUCUUUACACGAUAUUGAACAACCAACAAAAAUCUAAUGCCAAGAUGUUAGUCAUAUACUGGGACAAGAUCAUUCAGCCAGUUUUGAUGAACUUUUAUUUUAAGAAAGAAAUCUCCAAUUCGCAUAUGCAUCACUUAGGUGUUGGAAUUUUCAAUCGCCUUUUAAAACCUUCCACUCCAGUGAAUGAGAAAACUUACAGCACUAUACGCUGUCUUUCGCAUGAACAGGUUUCUUUAGGUGAGAUCAACUCGUUGAAUCCUCGAUGGAUAUAUCUUCGAUUCGAAAAGUUCCUCCUGAUAUUGUUGGUUAUAUUCAAGCUGCAUGAUCUUGACAUUGAUGCAAAGAUCGGAAGUUUCAAUAACUUCUUGAACACUCUUAAAUUCACCACCAAGAAGGAGUUACAACCCUCGGACACGACAUAUGAUAUCAUUGACAAUUUACCGAUGGCUCUUCAGAUUCUCUUUGAUAACAGCAAGGCAUCGUACGAUUCGAUCUUCAAAUUGCUUGUCAAUCUUAAUGACACAUUUGGCGCUAGCAAUUUGGUUUCAGACACUGAUGAUUCACCAUGUGUCUUUGAUGUGAUAUUGUCCAGCACUAUCCAGAGUUUGCAAGCACAACAAUUGAACGCGAUUCUCAGCAUGUUGCAUGGGGCGGUUAGUGAAAGAAAGAGCUUGUUCUUCCUAUCUCGCCUCAUUCAGACUAACAAGAAAUUCAAUCGUGAGGACUUGGCUCAGUUUGUUGGAGACUCUCUCAAUAGCAAGAGGUCAUUGAAGUUUUCACACCAGGACAUGAUAUUGGUGGGUAAAAUCUUCAAACUGCUAGACCAGAACUUUGCAGGUAUUGCUAAGAAACUCAUCCAGCAUAUUGUUCUUCUUAAGGUUAGCGACUUCGAGAAAACUGUGGAAGAACUUGGACUUGCGUCAUGGAAUAUUCAAAUAUUCAAAUUUUUCCUUACGUUGAUGCAUGAUGCACCAUAUGAACACCUCAAGUUGACAUGCUUGACCUUGAUUAAGAGUAAAUGGCAAUCAGCUGAAGCUUUUGGUGAAAUCUUCCAGUUCUUGAUUGAGAAUAAAUUUGAUUACGAGAUCCACAGCUUGCGUGCAUCUAUAGUCGACAAUCUUCAAAAGGAGGAAGGUGCACAAUACUUGGGGAUUUGGGAGGAAUAUUUAGCUCAGUUUCAAGGUGAAACAAUGAAGCUUGAUGAACUCAUGAGUUGCUCAAUUGCCUUGAGUAUUGAUCUCACUGCUAUUCCCAAUUUCCAAUGGAAGAAUUUCCCCCUUUAUCAAGAAGUAUUCGAAAAGAAGUUUGGAUCGUUGCCAAAAGGGUCCAAAUUGGAAGAGAAUGUACAGACUGGUGUGACUCUCGAUGCUAAGCAGGUUGAACUCGAUAAUAUAAUUCAAUCUGAAUUCAAACACGAUUCCGCCUUGACCGAAAACAUAAGUCAAUCAACGGACAUGGAAAAGGAAGAACUGGAACAAUACUCACCGAAAGAUAACAUAACUAUUGUCUUGUCUUCGGAACCCGAACUGAAAGAUUCAGGAGAGAUUGACGCUGUUGAGAAGGAGGUGAAAAGUAAGGUGAAAGAAAAUGGAGGUGGACACACUAAAGAAAACAAAGUGGAGAAGCCACCACCUGUCAGAAGAAGCGAAAGACUUCAAUCAUCAGCUGCCAAACAGCUGAGUAGAAAAGAAAGAGGAAACAAAAGACAGACUACGGCAAAUAACGGAGAAGUCACAAAAAGCAUAUCUCGUGUCGCGUCUAAGAUCACAAGCGACGAUAAUACAGAAGAAAUUGAAAGUGGGCUGUCAUUAGAACAUGAGGAGCCUGAGUAUAUUGAAGAUUCUUUGGGCAAGGAGGAAACAAGAAAACGUCGGGCCGGAAAUACCGAGAAACCUUCCUCUAAGAAGCAAAAAAUCGAGGAGGAUACCAAGCAGAUCAGUGACUCAGACGAGAGUGUUAAAAAUAAGACACUUCCUGAGAAUGUUAAUGGACUGAUGGAGAUUCAUUCCAGCUCCAGCAAUUCCAAAAAGAGUGACGCCGAUAGUGCUGGGUCUGUUGAGUCUACUGGCGACGAGUCACGAGACGGAUCGAUUAUAAUCCACACUAGUAACUCAGAAAAUGAGAUGAGUGGUGAUAAGAUGAGCGCUGAUAAGGUGAGCGGUGAGAAGAUAGUUGUUAACUUGAGUACAGAUGACAGUUUUGACAAUUCGAGCAAGAUCGAGGUCAAUACAAGCAACAUGGAAUUGGUGAAGAAUUCACCAGCCAAAAGACAGCUUUCGACUGUCAAGGAAGUCCCCGGUAUGGAAGCUUCAUCGAGUGAAAUCACUAAUCAAAUUGUUCCGGCAGUGGAAACACGCGGAUUUCUUCAAUUGAAAGCCGCGUUGGAGAAGGUUGAUCAGAGCGAAGUGGCAACACUCACGUUCCAAGAAAAGUACGACUUGGAGACCAUGAUGAUGCAGUUUAUCCUUCGUAUGAGGUCCCAAGGUAAUGGUUAUAAUAAGUAA